CAUUAGGGUGGAUUGCGUCAUCUGGUGGAUAACAGAAUAAUUCACAUGAGAUUCUAAUAGUUUUCGUGCUUCGUGUUUUUAGUUUGUAGGCUUAAAAUAAAACGAUUGCUUUUAUUCGAAUGGCCUGACUGCGCUACUCUGUGACAGAGCUUUGAUGGUGUAAUAAUAUUAGUUACUCGUAGCUAGAUAACUGGAUUUAAGUUGGAUGGACAAAGAGUUAAGUGCAAAUAUUUAUUCUUUAGCACUAAACUUAUCAUAACGAGUCAAAUGACCGUUUAAGAACUUUUGCAUCGGAUCAAGCUCGACAUAGUUUUGGCUCAAGUGUAUGAAGACGUGGCACUGUCCUCCAAAACAACUGAACACACUACAAUUAUUAGAGGAACUGCAGCUGGUUUUCAAACAAGUAGCAAAAUGGACCGGAAAACUGUGAAUUUAAGUAAUAUUAAUCCUAAUAUUAAAUUAAUGGAAUUUGCCGUACUUGGUCCUCUAGAAAUACGUACAGGAGAAAUUGAAAAAGAAUUAUUAAAGGGUAUUAAAAAACCUUUCAAUGAUGUCAUCAGAGGUAAUCUUGGAGAUUGUCAUCGUAUGGGUCAGAGACCCAUUACAUUUAUUAGACAAGUUCUGGUCUUGUGUACAAAUCCGGAGUUAAUGAAGGAUGCUCGUUUCCCAGAAGAUGUCAAGAAAAGAGCUCAAGAUCUUUUAAAGGAAUGUAGUGGUGACAGCAUUGGAUCUUACACUGAUAGUGCUGGAAUCGAACUGAUAAAAGAACAUGUUACCGAAUACAUAAAACAAAGAGAUGGUAUACCAGCAAAUGUUAGUGAUAUAAUUUUAAGCUCGGGUGCUACUGAUGGUGUAAAAAGUGUAUUGAGCAUGCUUAACUGCCCAGUUAAUGGAAAGCCACCUGGUAUUAUGGUUCCAAUUCCUCAAUACCCUCUUUAUUCUGCAGCAAUUGCUGAAUAUGGGAUGCAUAUGAUUAACUACUAUCUUGAUGAGGAUAAUGCUUGGGCUCUUAGCAUUAAAGAAUUGAAAAGAGCUCUUGAUGAAGCUCGUAAAGAAUGUGAUCCAAGAGCUUUAGUGGUCAUUAACCCUGGAAAUCCAACUGGUUCUGUUCUUACUCGUCAAAACAUGGAAGAAAUCAUUAAGUUUGCUUAUGAUGAAAAACUAUUUUUGAUGGCAGAUGAAGUGUACCAAGAUAACGUAUAUCCUGAUAAUAUGAAAUUCUACUCAUUUAAAAAGAUAAUGACUGAACUUGGAGAACCAUACAAAUAUAUGGAAUUGGCAUCCUUCAUGUCUGCCUCUAAAGGAUAUAUGGGCGAAUGUGGCUUGCGAGGAGGUUAUUGUGAAUUAGUUAAUGUUGAUAUGGGUGUAAAGAAAAUGUUACUAAAAUGUGUGUCUGCACGUUCCUGUUCUACUGUUUUGGGUCAGAUAACAAUGGAUUGUGUUGUCAAACCACCUCAAAAGGGUGAUCCAUCUUAUGAUCUUUUUAUUAAGGAAAAAUCUGAGGUACUGAAAUCUUUAAAGGAAAGAGCGUUGCUAGUUGAGAAGACAUUUAACAAGAUUAGAGGAAUGAAAUGUAAUGCUGUAGUUGGAGCCAUGUAUGCUUAUCCUAGAAUAACUCUACCUGAAAAGGCUAUUCAAAAAGCUAAGUCACUAGGACAGGCUCCUGAUUUUUUCUAUGCAAUGCAACUUCUUGAGAAUACUGGAAUAUGUGUAGUACCUGGAAGUGGGUUCGGGCAAAUACCAGGAACAUAUCACUUUAGGACAACAAUACUACCACAAACUGAUAAAUUGAAAGCUAUGCUGAAACGGAUAGAAGAAUACCAUGAAAAAUUUCUGGAUGAAUAUAAGUAGAUCCUUCAAUCUUAGAUAAUUUUAAAAACUAAAAUGCUAUUUCAAAUUAUCUUAUUUCUACUCUAAUAAUGAAUCAUGGUUUCAAUAUGUCAUAUCAUAUCUUUGAGUUUGAAAUAUACCAUCAUUUAUUAUAAAAUGUAAAUUUGUCAGUAUUGAAACUGCUUACUUGAAAUUAAAAAAAAAAGGUGAAAACUAAUUUUCAUCUGACUUGUAAUAUUGCAGAAUCAAAAUUUUAAAAUGUAUUUUAACUCUGCAAUAAUGUGUCUGUACUCUGAUAUAUCCUCAUAUGUCAAAAAUUGUGAAGCAUAGUUAUCAAUGCAUAUUUUCAGGAAAGAUUAAGUGAAAUAUACCUCCUUCAAAUUGUUUCAUGAUAGUUUAAUUUUUUAUUAGUGUACCAAAAUAAUUACAGAAGUAUAAGACUUAUUUUUAAUUAUGAUAAAAGUUCUAAUAGUUAUUAAAAUAAAUUAGCAACAGUUUGUUUUUAACUGUGUCGUUAAGUAUCAGAGCUAGAAAAUUGUUUGCCCCUGGGAUGUAAAAAAUUUUGCUUAGUCAAAUAUUUUUUACAAUAUUAGUCAAUAUUUUUUACACAUACUUGUCGUGUAAAUAUUCUAACAGAGAUCCUUAUACUGAUUUAGUGCUCCUCAAAUUUUGACGAAAAUCAAAGGUACUAAUUGGGCAAAUGAAAAGUGCUGAAGAGGG